AUGAUCUUCCACAGUCUUUUGCCUGGUUUGUAUUCCUGGCUCAGCUUGGAAGGUGAUCUUCGCUGGUCAGCAUUGCAGUUCGCUAUCCUGCCCUUUCUUUUCACACUUGGCUAUGUGUCCUUUUUUAUCAUGGAGCUAGCGAUCAGUCCUCUUGAUCGACAAAUUCAACGUCUAAAGAUUGUUGGGGAAAGUUACCUAGAGCUCCUGACGAAGAUUAAUUCCGAAAUGACUUCCGGAAACAAAUUUGAAAGUGAAUCCGGGAACGUAAUCGUUUCUCCUUCGUUUAUCGUCAAACUGAGUCCUUAUUCGAUGAAGAUCAUCCGCAAACUUGACGCCCAGUUGAAUGUUCUCCGUGUUUCAGAAGUUCCCUCGACGGAGAGAGGUGCCGAGCCCGAAACGAAUAUGACCGUAGAAGCAACCGGCUUGAUGACCAGCCAUGGCCAGACGAGUUUCAAUAUUUUCGUCAGAGCAUCUGACAUGGAUCAUUUAAUUACGUAUCUGGGCGACGACGUGGAGAUCAACACACAAAAUUUUGAGAUUAAUACUGUUUGGGACCGAUUUCGUAUGGCAGCGAAAGGAAUUGUGGAUACGAACGAAAAAUUAGAGAAACGUGAAUGCGACGAAGAAAUGGAAAUGUGUUUUGCCUGCGAUAUGAAUAGAUGCGAUAUCAGACUUGCGUCAUGCGCCUGUGCUGCGAUGUGGUGCUUCAGCUGCAUCGUAAGAGUAUUCGCAUCGCACCAGGACGCAAAGAGAAUUCCGAAAACGCAAUGGCUGAGUGGAUCUGCUCUUUGUCCACACUGUACGAAGGAAUAUAAUAUUCUAGGGACCAGGGGAAGCGGUCUGUUAAAAUCUAUCAGAAGAAGCUUCAGAAAGCGUAAGCCAAAGCCACCUCAACUGACAGCGGACGCCCAAAAGCCUGUAGAAUGGCAAGACGACGAGAGGAAAGUGAACGAUGGAACUUGUGAGUUUCGGGUUAAGUAUCUGGGAUGCGCUGAAGUCGCCGAACCACGUGGUAUUCAUCAUUGUGAGGAAGCUGUGAAACGGCACAAGCUGAGAAGACAACGUAACAAACCCAGAGCUGUGUUGGUCAUCUCGCCCGAUGCUGUACGGCUGAUAAAAGAAAAGAGCAAGCAACUAAUACUCGACCAGUCGAUUGAGAAGAUAUCUUUCUGUGCACCAGAUAGCACUUAUGAGGCCGCCUUUUCUUACAUUUGCCGAGAUGGUGCAACGAAAAGGUGGAUGUGCUACAGUUUUUCAUCGAUGACCAAAGAAGGUGAACGUUUAUCGAAUGCAUUCGGUGCUGCCUUCAGAGCAUGUUACGACAAAAAGAAAAGUCUCCAACUUGCAGAGAAUAGAAUCAGAGAAGAAACUUCGUUCAUGAGCGAGCAGCCAGUAACUACAAAAGCGGAAAUUAUUGUUACAAAGCCUGAGAGUGAUCCGGGCUAUUGCGAGCCACCGAAAAGCGAUAAUUCUGAAUCAAGCAAAGAGGAAUCGAAGAAAAUCAAGUUCGAGAUCAAAUCCUUACCGCGCCCUCAAGCUCCAGAAGAAUUAAAAAGACAGCCAAGCUUUAAACUAUUCGUGCCAUCGAAAAAUGCUUUCAAGACGUCGAGCUUACGGGAAGAUAAACUACAAAUUAAUGUUGAAAAAUUUCGAGGCCAUCAAGUCCUUAACCCUGUACCUGAACUAGAGCCUGAAAAUACAAAGCCAAUACAAGCGGUGCAGCCUUUUAGACGGAAUAUUCUCCAAAGUCAAAGCAUGCAAGUAAUGCGUCCUGCUCCAAAGCCAAUAGCGCAACCAAUUCGCGAGAGUAACCCCUGGUCCACUCAAGAAGAGGAAAAGGAUAAAUUCCACUUCGAAAGCGCAUUUCCCGCAGCAACUCGUGAAGAAGCCCCCUCGGUCACAGACGAUGGCCAGUCGGAGGUUGGCUCGACUGAUUGCUCCGGAGCGGGAGACCGAUGGAUUGAAAGUAUAUCCCGCGAUGUAAUUCCUUUGCUAAAGACUGGCGAGUCUGGAUCUUCAGUGGGCAUUUCUACGCCACGAUUAAGCCAAAGAGGGAAAACUCCGCCUGUUAUACCAGCUCGAAGUGGUUUCAAUCGCUUUAACCCAGCUUACGCGAGCCAGCGAAUGCCAAACUCGUACUCAGCUCCGACCGGCGCUUUCCAGAGAAGCUAUAGUGUCCGAUAUACUGGAUCGGCUGGUAUGUCGUCAACCUCGAGCUCACCGAAUCCUUUCCAAGAUGCCCCCUUCCCGGACUUUUCCUCCCAGUGGGAAGCUCUUGGCCAAAAACGUACCCCGAGCUCGUUAAACACCAAAAUGGGCAUCAAAGAGCGCAGGGCGAAAUUUCAGGACAAGAAAUCGUUAGUCAAGCCUAACAGUGGAAAACCAAAAGGAAAGUCCAAACCAUUUUCAAAGAAAUUUGCUGGAGGAAAAGACCAGAAAAGUGAUUCCAAAUUCACGCAGAAGAGAAAUGAUGGAAAGUUUAAGACAAAAAGACAGUUUCCGGAAACGAAUGAGGACCUCGAAGAAGCUUCUGUGAAAGAAGAGAAAGACUUAAAAUCCGAAGUGAAGGAAGAAGCGAAGAGUGAAUCGGGCAAAGUUUACAAAGUGUCUAUUUCCGGAUUGAAGAGCCCAUCUUUUGCAGCCCUCCGCGAACUGACCAAGAAAAACAACAUCGUUACCGACGAAUUUGAAAUCAACGAAGACUCCGUGACGAUCGCAUAUAAAGCAAAGAAACACGCGUUGAAAGCGUGCAACGUCCUCUGUGGACUCGAGUACGAAGGAAGCAGUAUCCACGCGUCACUGGUCGGAGAUAACGAUGCAAAGAAAGCUAGAAGAACGCGGCUUAUCAUUCGAAACCUCCCUUGGUCAUGUACGGAAGAGAAACUGAAAAAUGUCUUCCACAAGUUCGGAGCGGUUACGGAAGUCAAGAUUCCGCUCAAAGCCGACGGGAAAAUGAGGGGCUUUGGAUUCGUCCAGUUUACACACGGACAUGAAAGCGCAAAAGCUGUGAAGGCGGUAAGGGAAAUUGAUAACAGACGGGUUGCUGUAGAUUGGUGUCUUCCCAGAGAAGAUUAUCAGGCAGAAAAUAAAGAAACGAGCGAGACGACGGAACCUCAAGAAGACAAUGACUCAUCAGAUGAAGAAGAGGAGCCAACUAACGACGAAGAUGAUGAAAACAAAAUCGCUCCGAUCGGAACAAUGUCAUCGACAGAAGAAGAGGACUCUUCAGACGAAGAGGAAGAGGUCAUUGACGAAGCACCUCAAAAUCGAGUGAAAACGAAACCAGAAAAGAAGCAAAAAAAGGUUGAGGUCGACACAUCAGACGUGACAGAAGGCCGCUCUGUUUUUCUGCGGAAUUUGCCAUUCGACGCUUCUAUGGAGGAUUUAGAAGAACUUGUCAAGCCUUACGGAAAAGCGGUAAAGGUCUCUAUCGUCAAGAAUGAAGUCGGCGUUUCAAAAGGAGUUGCUUUCGUUGAGUUCGAAACAAAAGACGAAGCUGACAAAGUUGUCGUACAUACGAAGGAGCUCUCCCUAAAUGGACGAGCCGUCUUCGCCAGAACGGCCUUGCCUCAAUCCACCGUCGAAAAUAUGAGAAAAGUAAAGGAAAUAGAAAAGAAUGCAAAGAACGACAAACGCAACCUUGCUCUGGCGAAGGAAGGCGAAAUUCGCGAGGGCUCAAAAGCAUGGAACGAAAUUUCCGAGCAAGACAGAGCUCGUAGACAAAAGUUCGCGGAACUCAAGUUUCAAAAGCUUAAAAAUGUGGAGAACUUUGUCGAUUCCUCGAAAAUAGUUAUUCAUAAUAUUCCGAAGAGCUUUAGCGAAGAGGAUGUUCAUUUGCUCGCCCGAAAGGCGGCGAACGGAGACAUUAAAAAGGAAGUGGGAAAGAAAAAAUGUAAAACAGUAUCGUGCCAUCUCAUGCGAAGCACUGACCCUGAAGAGCAGAACCAAAGCCUCGGCUUUGCUUUCAUCAAAUUUCAACGCGAGGCAGACGCGAUGAAAGCGCUUAGAAUCCUGAACAAUCAUCCGACGGCGUUUUUCGACGACAAACGACCGAUCGUUGAGUUCGCCGUCGAGAACGCAAAAGCCUUGAAGAUAUUGGCGGAUAGGAAGGAACGUAACUCGAAGAAGAUCGAACUGAGGAAGAAGAUGGAGGCGAUGAAUGUAGACGAACCAGAGCCGGGCCAGAUUCCAAAGCGAAAACGACCGUGGCAGAUCGCUCGCGAAGAGCGGAAGAAAAAGCGACGGGCGGCUAGACUUGAAGCAGCGGGAGAUCAGGACGGUACGUCUGCGGAGGCAAAGAUCAAUGAAACGAAAAGCGAACCAUCUCAACCGAAGAAUUCGUCGUUGAAAAAGAAGACAUCUCCGAAAGAGUCAGCUAAAACUGAUGAAUAUGAUUCAAAGCCGGAGUACGGUGGAAUGACGGUUCAGCGAGGAAUAGCUGGUCAACUGAAGCGACCAAAACAUUCGGGAACGAAAAUUCGAGCUCGUGACAAAGGAAAGAUUACUCUUCAGCGACAGCAAGAGCGGAAGCUCAAACGGAAGGAAAACCUGAAGAAGCUGAGUGUAUCUGUUAAAAAGGAAAAAGGCGUGAAACCGAAAGAACGGAAGGAAGAUCAGUCCUUUGACUCGUUGGUUGCAAAUUAUAAAAGCAAAAUUUCAGCUGGUCUGAAGCUCUUGUAA